AUGGGCGGCUCAGCCUUUUCAUCGCUUCCCGAUGCCCCUUACACGCCUCGCAUGCCGCCUGCGGUAUACCAACAUGUUAAGUCGGCAUUCCACACCGCCUUGCGAGAGCUAUUUGUCUACGUGGCAACGCCUAUCGAGGGACCCGAGAAGACAGACCACGGCGACGUGGACAUCCUCGUUGCCCUGGAGAGGCGCCUCGCCUUCCCUCACCAACACCCGACUCACCAACCCCAAGAUAGCCCGUCUAACCCCCGCGAUCUGAUAGAGGAGAUCAAACAUCUCCUCAACGCCGAGUACGCUGUCGUACCCCCGGGAGGAACAUCCGCGAAUCUUGCUAUCAGGUGGCCCAAGGAACUCGAUCAUCUUUACGUCCAGGCUGACGUUCGCAUCUGCCGGGACUUGGAUCAGCUUUGUUGGAUACUCUUUAAGCAUGCCCAUGGUGAUAUUUGGAAUCUCAUUGGGAGCACCAUCCGGCCGUUCGGCCUCACGGUUGACGAGGAGGCACUUUGGAUCCGGAUCCCCGAGAUCGAGCAGUACGACCGAAAGAUUGCAAGGGUGUGCCUUACCCAGGAUCCUGUCGAGAUCCUGCAGUUCCUGGGCCUACAGGUUGAGGGUUUCUGGACUGAGCCGUUCGAGUCAGUCGACAAACUCUUCGAGUAUGUCACCACCUCCAGGCUCUUUUGGAUCCAGCCGGCUGCUCCGGACGGGGACGACGCGGAAGGUGCUGCCGGAGUCCUUGGCAGAGAGGAGGGACGGAAGACGCUCAAGUCCAACGACCGCAGGCGGAUGAAGGGCCGCCCUGUCUACAGGCGCUGGAUCAACGAGUAUAUCCCCAGUCUAAGGGCCCAAGGGCAGUUUAUCCGGGAGGGCGAGGGGAAGUCAGUAAGAGAGAUUCGCGACGCGGUUCGGGACGAGGCAUUCGCCUGGUUCUUUGUUGAGGCGGAGUACAAGAACCGCUUGAAGGACUGGCAGCUGAAAAGGGCGGACGAGGAGAUGAAGUCGCUGAUUAAGAGUUGGGUUCCUGACGACUUGGAUCCUCAACACAGAUCUUGCCUGGUCUCGGCUUUGCGGAAAAUCAUUAUGGAAGAUGACCUCUCAUUUGGCGUCAUCCCACCAAGCCCGCUGAAAGACGACGAGGGAUUCUACAAGAAGGAAACGGUCUGCCACUUUGUCCAACAAAAUUGGCAGCUAAUUAGCAACAUUGCAUGGGAAAAGCAGUUACAAAGGGCUCGAGAAGCCAUGAAGCGCAAGGCGAUCGCCAAGGAGGCUGACUUGGCGGGCAAUGGGCAGAACAGUAAGAAGCGGGUAGUUGUGGAUAACAGCAGUGGAGGGGAUUGCGCUACAUGA